AUGGUCUCUGAUUUCAAAAAGAAAGUUGAUGCUUUCCUCAAAAAAAAUAAUUACAAAUCCAAUUUGAUUAGCAGUAAAAUAACCACUUCAUCAAAGGAAUUACUCUAAUAAAUAAAAUAUGAAGAAGCAUUGCAGAAAUCCUUAUGUUCUAACAAAUACACAGUUUAGACUGAAAAAAAAUCCAUGAAAACUAUAGAGAUAUGUAUACUAGGAAACAAUAAAGUUGUUACUAAAUAAGUAAUAUCAAGUGAACUCUUAUAACAGAGAUUAUUAAAAUAAAAGGAAACCUUCUUAAAAGAUGAUAGAUUCAAUUAUGAUCUUAAAAUGACAACAAUGAUGGAAUAGUAUGCAGAAAUUGUUAAUAGAAUCCAAGAAAACACAUUUACUAUUAAAAUACCAGAUAAUUAUAUCAUUUAAAUGAGCGAUUACAAUGAAUAUUAUUAAAUUAAAGAAGAUUCAAUGAAUAACUUUCUUGAGAACAAUUUAUAAAUCAUAGCUGAUCAAAUUAUUCAUGAGAUCUAAUAAUCUAAAAUUACAACUCCUAAAAUCUUAAGCAAUUCAACUAGUUAAUUAGUUGAGCAAAAUGUAUCAUAUCCCAUUUACUAAAUUGAACAUAAGAUUAAUACUGAACCCAGUAAUGUUAAUGAAUCAGAAAUAUUAAAAACUGAAUCAGAUCAUCAGGAGUAAAUUAUCCCUGAUAAGAAAACAACUAAUAAAAAAAAUAAAUAAAAAUAAAAAAAUUAAUAAAAUUAAUCAGAAUAAUCUCGUCUACCAGAAACCUUUGAUUCCGCUGUCAUUAUUACAGACAAUGAUAAUAUUCGAAGAAGAAAUAAAGAGAUACCCAAAAUUGAAUAACAGGAAGAUCUUGAACUUCUUCAACAAAAAGAACUAGAACUAGAAAAAGAAAGGAAAUAAUUAAUUAUUAAAAAGCUCAGAGAAUUCAACUCAAAAUUCAAACCAAGUAAAUAUUUGAGAAAAUAAUCUGAAAAUGCAAUUUUAUUAAUUGAAGACCCAACUCUACUUGCAGAAUCAAAAGAGAAAAUACUUAAAAAAUCUAGCCUUAGACUUUUGGAUAAUAUUGCUACGUUGGAGGAAAUUAAUGAAAUUAUUAGAAUUAAAAAGUAAGAGUUGUCUGAAUUGCUUAGAUAAUAAGAAUAGAAUAUUCAAGAUCAAUUUUAGAAUAUGAAUGAAUAAUAAAGGCCUUUGCAUUUAAUUGUAAAUGGUAAACCUUUUAGUGAAUUAAGAGAGGCUGAAUAAUGGGAUUCUAAAAAGAAUUCUCCAAGAUCCUUCAGAAAGUAAAGGUAGUAGAAUAUACCCAGUCCAAUGGUUUAAGAGUAAAACUCAUGGGGAUUUAUAUAAGAAACAAACUUAGAUUAGUAGCAGAACAAUAGAAACAAUGAGUUAGAGAAUUAAAUUGAUUCCAUCAGAAAUUUGUAGGAAAAUGAUAAUAUUGAUAACAAUAUCAAUUAUCAAUUGACUGAUAAUGAAAAUGUAAUCAGCUUUGAAGAAAGGAUGAAAUAAGAAUGCCAAGAUAUUUUUGAUAUUUUAUUGGCCACAGAUUCAGUGUAUGAUCUAAGAAUUGAUGACUAUUAAAUUGGAAGACCCUAUUCAUAUAAAGUUAAUCAUUCUAAUUUAAUUUUACUUCAGGAAUAGGAAGAGAAAGUCUUUAUUCACCAGGUUUUAUGGAGGAGAGAAUUACAAGAAGUGAUACCGAAACUUAAUUCUGUUAAUAGAGAAAUGUCAGUCGAGAUCGAUUCAGAAGAUGAGUAUAAUUUAGAUAGUAAACAGAUGAAUGGAGAAGAAGAGGGUGUAGAUCAUGGUCAUGAUGUAUAGGAAUAGGAAGAUUCAUAAAUGUGA